UUGGGCAUGGUUCGAAGCGAUGUGAGGUUAAGCAUGAUAUUUACACGACCCUCGGAGUAAGAUUCUCAGACCAAUGCCACAAGCAAAGCGAAACCCCAGCAGCCCUUUGCAACUGGUCGGGUUGGACAUCGCUGGCGAGACCAUCCGGGAUGAGACGGACGACGACUUCCGCGCCGACUGGUGCCAGCAACUCUUUCGACACCCGGCGUACACCACUGUGCCCCUGUUCACACGCAAAAUGAGCACUCCGACCGAGUCUUCGCCAUACAAUACAUUGAUGGGCAGAACGCUGUUUACCAAUGACACCCUACGUGCUGUGAAGUUCCUGUACAAGCCACCUGGAGAAAAUGGCCUCGAUGGCGAGCUCUUAGCCUUAAUCUCCGUCGGCGGGGGAAUGUGUAGCCACUCCGACACAUUGCACGGUGGCAUCAACACCGUCCUCGUGGAUGAGAUCGGCGGAGCCCUGGCGAACCAGUUGAUUCCCGAGCCGCUGAUGGCAGUCAACUUGAAUGUCAAUCUACGCAAUCCCGUGCGAACCCCCGGCCUGAUACUGGGGAGGGCUUGGAUAGAUCGACGGCCGGAAGGGAGGAAGGUGUGGGUGAAGAUCCGUCUGGAACAAAAUGGAGUUACGUGUAUUGAGAGUGAGAACUUGUAUUUGAAGAUGCAGCCGCAAGGGAAGCUUUGAUCCCUCUGAUCGCCCCCGGCAUAUGCUGUCCUUCUACACGCUCAGCCAGAGAUCCGACACUCCACCUUCUCCAGCUCGUUUGCUCUUCUUCCCUCGAUUCGUCCAGGCGAGUCAGCGCAUUGAAUGCUGCGCAUCUGGGGUAGCAUCCUCGUUC